AUGGCUGCCUCCAGUCAGUUCCCGCUGACUAACCCGCCGUCGGAGGAUGAUUUGCCCAUCAGAUCAGCAUCGUCAACUCCAACCGGGGGGGAGAGAUCAAGUCGGAGAAGUAGGCCAAAGGUGAAGACAGGAUGCAGUAGUUGCAAACAGAGAAGGAUCAAGUGCGAUGAGAAGCGUCCGGCAUGUUCCCAAUGCAUCAAGAGCCGGAGAGAAUGCACAGGAUACCCCCCUCCCCCUCGACACGCCUUGCCCUUGGAAGGCGUUCGCAUAGCUCCCAAACCUGUGGCUAUUGCCGCCGAACCAGUUGCUCCAGCCCCAAAGACUGGCCCAAUUCAGAAGUAUGUUAUCUUACCACCUCGUCGUGUUGCUCGACGGACUCAGGCUAGAUCGACCCCUGAACACUACGGCACCGUUGAACCGUCUCCUACGCUAUAUAGACCGGCAAGCGGUUUACCAACCAAUGGGUCUGAACCUUACUACUUCGAGAUGUUCCGUUCUACUGCCGUAGCUUCGUUUUGCGGAUACUUCGACUCGGUCUUCUGGGCUAGGGUUCUUCAAGAAUGCCAUACGGAACCGGCUGUCUGCCACGCAUCAGUUGCCUUGGGUGCCCUCUCCAAGACACUGGAGCAGACAUUCAACAAUGCUAUUCUAUCACGACAGAAGGAUCCCAGCCAGUCGGAGGCUGUGCUACAACAUUGGCAGAUGGCUGUCCAGCAGUAUUCGAAGGCUUGCAACGCUCUCAUGUUUCCUGCCAGUCCCGUACACAACAGAGUCAGACUCAUGGCUACCGUUCUCCUUGCCUCCUUCGAUGCCUUCAUCGGGGAUCAUAAACAGUCCAUUGUGCAAAUUCAGAAUGGGCUUGGGCUCUUGAAGAAGAUGCAAGGGGAACAGAAGGAAGCAAAGGACUUUAUUGAACCGGAGCUUGUAGUCAUGCUCAUGCGACAGGCCAUCCAAGCAAAAACCUACGACAUGGCCUACCACUUCCCAGAGCCCUAUGUCCUCCGUUUUGUUCCCGAAGCCUGCGAAGCUUACUCGUCGUCGUUCUUUAAGAUGUUUCCACAACCCGCCGCCAACCCCCAACAACUCAAACCAUUCUCGACACUUAUCGAGGCACAACUCGCCCACGAUCGGAUACUGAUGCGCGGAAUGCAAUUUAUCGAGAGCCUGCAGCAGGCGAAGAGCGGACCGCUGGAGUUUUUCCCCAAAGAGUGGAUGGCUCAGGGCAUGGGGAUCCAAAUGGAGCUUCAAAAUUGGAUAACCGCCUUCCAGCCCCUUUUCGAGACGCGAGAUUUGCCACAAACGAGCGGUUCAGAAAGAUCGGCUUUGGCCGUCCUGAAAAUGGCACAGCUCAACAGCGAAAUCGUGUUCCGGGCAUUAUUUUGCAGCAGCGAGAUCGAGUACGACGCCGUCGUGCCCAUGUUCACAACCAUCAUCAAGCUUGGCCGGGAAAUAAUCCUCGAGGAGGAUGCCCGGGCUGCUGCUGCGGAACUGGCCGCUGACCCCGAGCACUCGCAACAAAGCAACAUUGACCCACAGUUAGGGAGGCCUACAUCACCCUCAAACUGCCACCUGAGGCCCAGCUUCAGCACCGACCACGGAAUUGUUCCUCCCCUAUUCGUCGUGGCGACAAAGUGCCGCGACCAAGCUAUCCGGCGGCAGGCUAUCCAGCUCCUACGAGCCAGCGCGAGGCGCGAGGGGAUGUGGGACAGCGAGUUGUCAGCCCGGAUAGGUCUGUGGAUCAUGGAGCUGGAGGAGUACCAGGAUCCAAACACAUACCAGGGAGGCAACUUUAUCCCUGAAGAACGAAGAGUGACACUUCACGGGAUCGACCUGGAUCUCCGAUCGCGAGUUGCAGACUUGAAGAUUGGCUCGCGCGGCAUGAUAGCCGCAACGCAGCAGUUUGACCCUCGGAGGAAAUCUACCCGGAUCUGUUGGUAA